AUGCCUCGUCUCUAUCACCGCUCUCAGCUUGCGCUGCACAUCAAAAGGGCCAUCUGCGCCCACCAUGUUGCUCACCCGCUGCUCCGCCAUGUGGAUCUCGCGCGUUGGUGUUUCACGCGCUUUGGGGUACGCCCCGACCGAUCCACCAUCGGCCGCGUGUUGAAGGGCGCCGAACAAUGGCGCAUCCCGGACGACGCUGUUGACGCUAUUCGUGUGCGUGGCGGCGCGUACCCGGACCUGGAGCGCGCAAUGGCACGUUGGAUUGCCAAUGCGGGUCCCGCUGGCGUUCCGCUGAUAUUGGCCACAAUCCGCGACCAUGUCGCUACCAUGGCACGUGCGAAUGGUGUGCCAGCGACAUUUCGCUGCUCUAUUGGAUGGGUGCGGCGUGCUUUGUGCCGCCAGGGAGUAAGGUCGGUGGGGCGGAAGGCGCCGAAGGAACGACUCAUCGUCGGAUUCCUGGUGAACGCGGAGGGCUCGCACGCCUUCCGCCCGCUCGUCAUCUCCAAGGCGAAACGGCCCCACGAUUUCCGGCCGGACUAUAAUCCAGAGGAGUUGUGCUACUGGCGCAACACCGCCAAAGGUUGGAUGACUUCCUCGCUAUUCACGCACUACAUCGAACAGCUCGAUGCUGCCAUGAACGCAGAGGACCGCAACAUUGUUGUCCUACACGACAACGCCAGCAGCCACAAUCUGACAACCGCGGGCGCCGUGACCGAAGAUCUCUUCGGGUUCCGUACGCGUGCGCUCAAGAACGUGCGCCUGGUGUUCAUGCAUCCUAACACCACCUGCUUCAUUCAGCCCCUUGACCAGGGGCUCAUUGCCAUGGCGAAGGCGCGGUACCGCCAGCAUUGGCUCUGCGCCUUCACGGGCAUGUGGACUGCCGAAGGCGCCACCUCCGCGGCAGCUAGGUUCAAGCCGAACCUCCGUCUAGUGCUGGAGUGGCUCCAUGACGCGUGGAUGAAUAUCCCGCGUAGCACCAUCCAGCGUUGCUGGUGGCGCACCGGUUGUCUCCCGCGCGCAUGGGCGAUGGAACUCCCGCACGUGGAGCCAGGAGUUGGCGGCGGCCCCACUGCCGGAGGUGACAUCGGCCUGGACGAUGACGUCAACGACGUGGGUAGCCUGAUUGCCCAGCUCGGACUCGGGCCCAGCGCGAUGCCCGCUCAGGAGUUUGUCGGCAUCGAUGACAACCAGCUGAUGUGCGCCGAGCCCGGUGAGGAUCCGUUGGCGAUCGAGCCGCGAUCGGAGCCGACGGCGGAGAUGUGGGAGGCGCCUGCGUCGAUGCAGGUGGUCUACGACGACAGCAACCCUGCGACGCGCGAAGCACGUCGCACCGCUCGGGCCGCGUGCGAAAUGCUCAUUGGCUAUGCGCGCGCAAGAUGCAUCACGCCGCGGGGCCUGCGCGCACUGUUUGACAUUCGUAACCCGAUAAUUGUCGCACGGAUGGAGCGCGCAAGCCCUGCUCUCAACCUUAACGCGUCUCCGCCACCGGCAGAGACUCCACGUUGCCGUGGUCGCCUGCUGCCGGCGUGGACACCGGUGCCGACCCCUGACUGGGUGGCCCAGUCUGCUCGUCGGCAAGAGCUCAUUGAUGCCGGGGCUCCCGCCGUGAUGUCAGGCUACUUGGCUGCCGCUGAGUGGAUGCGCUUGUAA